AUGGCUUCCAAAGGUCAGAUCCUAAAAGAUCAGGUGGAUUUGAGUCUACAACACUUAGAUGAACUGAAACUUUAUCUGAAAUUCAUAUCACAACAACAGAGAAAAAUUGAAAACAUAGAAAACUAUGAACUAAAAUUUGAAAAAUUAGCCAACAAGUCCGCACAGUUCCUUUCUUUUCUAAAGAGAAGUCCAAUUUCAAAAAUAAAAGAUACUGAACUGCAACGAGAACAGAAAUGUAUAAAUAGACAAAUUUCCGUCUGGCAGGAUAAGAAGCAUAAUUAUGAAAGAUCAGAAAAAACACAGGCACGUUUCUUCUUUCGAAAGAACACCCCCGUGAACACGAUGAAAGACCUUUCAGAAACCUCUACACCCACCGUUCUCCAUCCGAAGUUUAAAUUCAACAAACAGAAUUUCAUAAAGAUCUUAGAAGAAAUCAAAAUCACCGAAGGCGGGAAAAGGCGCGUAAAAUCCGAACGCUUUUUUGAAUGGAAACACCCAGCUGAGUCCCGUGGAUGUGUCAGUGUAGCCACUGUUAGACGUGGGUAUCAUCUUUCCUGUUCCACAACAGACCUGGUGGCUAUUAGUGAUGGAGUAAGUCUCCUCUUGACAAAUCUCAAAGGCCACACGUUAUAUCAUCUAACAGUCAUCAAGAAAAGUAGUGGUGGUGUACAUACAAUGAACUCUGCAAAUGACCUACUUUAUAUAGACAACGAUUUAAACAUUAGUAAAAUAUCAUCCUACACAAAAACAAAAAUUAUACUCAUAGAGAAACCAGAAACAUGGGAACCUCUUUGUAUCUACUGCUCUUCCACUAAAGAUCUACUGGUAGGGAAUGGAAUUUAUGACGCAGAUGAAGAUCAAUAUUCAGAAGCUAAAAUAAUUCGAUACAACAGCAAAGGACGACAGGUCCAGACCAUUCAACACAACAGUGCAGGUCAAGAACUGUACAGUAAACCUCGAUACAUCACAGAGAACAGUAAUGGAGAUGUGGUUGUGUCAGACAACAACCGUGCUGUUGUGGUGACAGAUCGACGAGGGAGAUAUCGCUUUUCCUACACAGGACCUCCAUCAGGGCCACGAUUAUACCCUUAUGGAGUCUGUACAGACGCCCUGUCACACAUCCUUGUGUGUGAUGGUACGACAUACUCAGUGCAGAUGAUAAAUGAAGAUGGCCACUUUCUGUCACGACUACUAACAAAAAGAGACGGGGUCUACAAUCCACAAAGUCUAGCUUAUGACUUCAGAAAUCACUUGCUAUUAGUCGGAUCUUCCAUCAACAACAAAGUGAACGUAUACAAGUAUAUAAAACUUCAGAACUAUCUCACCUGUGAUGAUACUUAG